GGCACAACAUUAUUGUCUGUUGUGUUAAUUUAAUUAUUUAAAAUAACUAACUUACAAUAAACACUAAAAAUAACAUUUUUAAAUGUACCUACACAAUUUAAAAAUACUACGUCAUUUUAUUCGAUAUUCAUACCUACCCAUCUAUAGUUGUCUAAUCAUAUUCUAUGAAAAAAUAAGAAUCUUUUAAAAUAUGUAGUUUUAAGUUGAUAAAUGAUUAAAAAUAAUUAUGUCAAUUUUAAAUACUGGAGUAUAUUUAUGCAAAGAAGUAUUUGAUGAAAACAGUGAACCAACACAAAUCGAGAUUGAAGAACAAGCGUCACGAUUAGGAAUAGACGCAGUGAAAGAGAUACAUCUUUUAAGUAUUGCAAGACAAUGUUUACUUGAACCAUUGCCUUCCGAUUGGUUUCCUUGUUAUAUCGAAAAAGAAAAUAAGUAUUUUUACUAUAACGAACAAAGUAAAAUAUCUCAAUGGGAACAUCCUUUAGAUGAAUAUUACAGACAAAUAGUCGAAAAAACACGUUCAGAAGAUUCGUCAACUGGUCAAGACAUAUCAUUAAACGUAAUUCUAGACGAAGAUAAUUUACUCGACACUAUAAUGUUCAACCACACAAAAAAUAAUAACUAUGAAAAAAAGGCAGUUGCUGAAAAACGAACCGUACGCUUUAAGACUCCUAUAGAAGAGUCAUUAGAUUUUGAUAAUUCGGAAGACAAUAUGAAGUUUUUAGGACCAAUUAAGUUAAACACCUCUUUUACAAAUACAUCAUCUACUUUACAUAAUUUACCUCAAUUUUCAACAACUAAUACUUUUGAUCAAAGAAAUACAGCUAGUCGAAGUGUACUAUCCAAGUACAAUAUAUUACCAAGCAAAGAUGAACUGUCUAGAAAGUCUGAAUUAAGUGAAAACAUUAAAAAAGUAAACGAUGAUGACCCAUCUAUGAAUUUGGAUUAUAAUACAGGAAAAGAAAAUUUAAGAAAAAUUGAUAUAACUUUGACCGAAUCUUCUGAUCGAUCAGAAAGUACUUCAUCCGAAAUUCAAACUGAUAAUUUGAACAGCGACUAUGAAGGGGCCGAUCAAAAAGAACAAGAUAAUAAUGUAACAACAGUUCAAUUAAAUAAACGACAUGAGAGAAUCGAUUCACUCAAUGAUGAAAGGAAAUCUGCAAUCGAUAAUUUCAAUACAUUUCAAUCCACUGGAACUACAAAAUUGUAUAAUGUUAAAAAGGAUGAUUUGGUUAGUGACAGUGGAAAUUCUACAGCAAAAGAUUCUAAAAUAAUACAAUCAUCAGUAGCUUCUAGUAGUUUUUCCGCAACUAAAAGUAAAAUGGCAGAGAUAACCCAACGAUUUCCGCUUAAUCAAUUUUCUAACGAAACAAAAUUAUUUAAGAGAAAACCAAUAGAAAGUGAUGAAGGUAUUUUUGAUGUUAAGUCUAAUUGCAUAAAAACUAAAAUUGAAUCGGGCAAUAAUUUGGAAGACGAGAAACCAACAUUAUUAGAUGACGCACGUAUUAAAGUUAUAGUUGAAAAGCAUUGCGAUUUGAUGAAAAAUAAAUUAGAAGAUACAGUUAAAACAAACCAAAACAUCUUAAAGGAAGAAUUGAUUAAAAAGAUUGAUGACAUUAUUCAUUCACAAAAUAAUAAUUUUGAAAAACGACAUAUUGAGCUUUUUACUCAAAACGAAUUACAGUUACAAAACAUACUAAAAAAUGUGCAAGAAAAUACUGGAAAGUCCUUAAUUGAAGAAUGGGAUAAGAAAUAUAUUCAAAAUGUAUCAAAUACUGAACAAAUGUGUGCUGAACAUUUUCAUAAAUUCAAAAAAGAUUUAGAGGACUAUACAGAUUUAUUUAAACAUAAAAUACAGUCGGAACUUGAUGAAAUAUCGAACGAAUUGAAAAAAAAUUUUUCUAAAAAUACCGAAAUAAUUACUGAUGGUUGGAACCAAGCAUUGGUAUCGUGCAAAAACGUCGAAUUGGAAAACGUUAAACAAAAUUUUGAACAAACUACAGAAAAUAUUAAACGUGAUAUGGAGGUUGAAAUACGACAGUUUCACAUAAAUUUCCAAGAAAAGCUCAAAAAUGUAUCCGAAGAUAAAUUAUAUAGUGUUGCUGAGCAAUUGGAUGUAGCUUUGCGAGAAGAAAUCAAUUUAGUUAAGCAACGUGUCAACGAAAGUUGUUCUGAACAUAAUAUAAAUAAUAAAUCUACGAAGCAUAAGGCACAACCAAAAUUAUGCAGUAGUGAUUGUUCAGAUCGUGCAGAAUUGAAUUUAGAGUAUCAAACUGAUGGUUCACAUAAGGUUAAUUAUAGCGACAUAAGAAAAAAAAUUCAACACUGUUCUAAUGAAUUAAACGAUACUCUAAAAUUGGUUAACGCAAUAUCAUCAACAAAUGAAUACACCCCAAAAGAACAGUACACGGAUUUAUGCCCAAACAAAUGUUCAGUUUCAUGUCAAACCGAAAAUAUAAUAACUAAUACAUAUAAAAAACCAAGUCUCAAAAAAUAUAAUAUGUAUCCUGCAGAGUCAAGUAUGCACUCUAUAUCUAAUAAUCCAUAUGUGUGUUUGCAAGAUGUUAACACAAAAUACGCAAAUUAUUUGGGUCAAGCAGAGAUGUCCGAUGAUCUAUGUUCCAACUACUUGACAUCAUAUUCUCAACAACUUAAUUUCAGCCCGUUAGAUGUCUUAAGUCAGCAAGAAUUAAAAGUAAAGGCUGCAGAACAAAAUAUAUGUCGUUUAAUCGACGAGUUCAACAAUUUCCAGCACAAGAAUAUCAUCAAUCAUAUUCCUAAUAAUACUAAUAUUUCUGAUGAAUACAAAUUUACCAAUAUUUAUCAGGCGCUAACACCGAAGCAAAUAGCAUACAAUCGGACAAAACAUUUAAGAGAAUGGCUUUACAAUACAGACUUGAAAAAUAAAAAUAAUUCAAUUCUCUAAGUUUAGGUAUAAGUUACUUUUAAGUUGUGAUUUAAGUUAACUAGUUUCUAUAGCAGGAGUUCUUAACCGGUGUUCUGCGGAACACAGGUGUUCCAUAGACUUUGUAUAAGUGUUCCGCCAAAAAAAAAUGUUUAAUUUCAUUUUGACUUUUAUGGACUUCCAACACACAAAAGUAUAAGACGUGUAUACAAAUAUACUGUAUUGUGUAUAGAAUUAUUUUAGGUUAAUAUAUUAAAAAACUAAAAAAUGUAGUACAUUACUAUUUUAUUUUACGGCUGUGUUCCGCGAAAAUCUUAUAAAAUUUUAAGUGUUCCGUCAUUCGAAAAAGGUUAAGAACCACUGUUCUACAGUUAUUAGUUAUAGAUUACAAUAUUACUUGUUGCAUAUUCAGCAUUUAUAUAAUAUAAGAAACGUAGUGUUUAACCAUUAAUAAUAAUAAGUAUCAUAUUACGAUCGGUGGGGAUUGUCCAUCGGUCAGUAGCCAGCACAUAAUUUCAUUAUACGACAUUACGAUUUAUAUGUUUGACAAUAAAAGACUAUAAUUUA